GAGCGAAUGUUGUAAUAUUAAAAGCGGCAGCAGCGGCCGUUGGCCAAAUCAGUUGGCGAGUUGAAGAGCUGGGACUGAGAAUGGCAAUCGACUGGAAGCUGCUGUGGCUGGGGGCGCUCGUGCUGGGCGCUCUGAUCGAUGGGGCAUGGUCACGCGCCUCGCAGGGCAUGCACGUCCAGAUGCCGCACGGCGGCUGGCUGGUGGGCCGCCACAGGACCACCCACAGCGGGCGGCAUAUGCGGGCGUUUAUGGGCGUGCCGUAUGCUGUGCCGCCGCUGGGCGAGCUGCGGUUCCGGGCGCCCGUCCCGAUGCCAGCGUGGCAGGGCGAGCGACUGGCCGUUAAGGAUGCGCCCGUCUGCAUGCAGCGCGAUCCGUUUCGACGCGACAUGAUCAUCGAGGGCUCUGAGGACUGCCUGUACCUCAACGUGUAUACGCCAGAUCCGGUGCCGGCGGAGCCGCUGCCCGUGAUGGUUUGGUUCCACGGCGGCGGCUGGCAGUGCGGCGCGGGCAUCAGCAGCUUCUACGGGCCGGACUUUCUGCUCGAGCACGACAUUGUGCUCGUCGCGGCCAAUUUCCGGCUGGGCCCGCUCGGCUUCCUCAGCACCGAGACGCUCGACUGCCCGGGCAACAAUGGCCUGAAAGAUCAGCUGGAGGUGCUGCGCUGGGUGCGCGACAACAUUGCCGCCUUUGGCGGGGAUCCGCAGAGCGUGACGGUGUUCGGCGAGAGCGCCGGCGGUGCCAGCGUCACCUACCACAUGCUCUCCGAGAAGUCACGCGGUCUGCUCCACCGGGCCAUUGCCCAGUCGGGCACCUAUUUCAAUCCAUGGGCACAGCCCGCCCACACGGGCGUGGCCGCUCGGCGCGCACUCAAACUGAGCGAGCUGCUGAACUGCACCGCAGCUGGCGAGGAUUGGCCCGCGCGCUUGAGCUGUUUGCGCGGCAAGCGAGCCGAGGAUGUGGUAGCCACGCUCUACGACAUGUUUGUUUGGGACUUCGAUCCGAUGAUACCGUUUCCGCCCGUCAUUGAGCCGGAGCAUGAGGGCGCCUUCCUGACGCAGCGACCACGCGAGGUGGCGCAGCGACCGCACGGCCAGGAGCUGCCCCUGAUGAUAGGCGUGACAGCCGAGGAGGGGCUGCUGAAGACGGCGGCGCUGCUCAAUCUGCCGCAUCUCAUGGCGGAGUUCAAGUCGUCCUUCGAACGCCUCCUGCCUGUGGUGCUCAACUAUGACCAUCACGACGAGGAGAAGCAGCAGCAGAUAACGCGCCACAUAGAGAACUUCUACUUCAAAGCGGGCCACAACUACAACAAAUCCAACCACCAGAAUCUGACCGAUCUUAUAUCCGAUGGCUGGUUUGUGGCUGGCGUCGAUGAGUACUUGCAGCUGCGCUUGGACGACCAGCAGCUGGCGCCCACGUAUGUCUAUCUGUUUGAUCACAAGGGCGCGGCCAGCUUCUCGGAGAUCUUUAAGGGCGCACGCAACGAGUUCUAUGGCGCCUGCCAUGCUGAGGAGCUGCAGUAUCUGUUUCCCAUCGGCCGGGAGCUGUUCGUGAGCGCGGUGCCGACGCGCCAGGACCUGCAGCUGCGCGACCUAAUGCUCCGCCUCUGGGUGAACUUUGCGCGCAACGGUGAUCCAAAUCAUGUGAAUGGCACCAGCAACCUACCCACCUGGCUGCCCACGCGCACCUAUCCAGUGCAAUAUGCCCGCCUGGGCUCCAAGUUGGACUUGGACGAGACCGAAACCGAACUGCCGGCGCUGCUGCGCAUGGAACUAGCGCUGCUGCAGCAUCGCGUCGACUUCUGGCGCGAACUGAAAGCUCAUCUGCCUGCCAAUUCGUCUUCCCGCAAUGAGCACAACGAGCUGUAAUUUUUAAUUAUUUUAGCAUCUCAAAAGUAUUUAAGUUUUGAUUUAUAAAUACAAUAAAUAAGAAGUAAACACGGAGUGUAUUGCCAGAUCUAGCCAUUUGAGAGAACGAUAGAACAACGUUGCCACGUUGUAAGAAGCAGGCAGAUUUUCGUGUUGGCAGAAAUAAAUAGAAAAACAAAGAAAUUUUAGCUCAAACAGGUACUUACAAAAUUCGAUUCCAACGAAACAGUAGAACAACAACAAUAACAAGCAGCAAACACAAGAAUGCAUACGAUUACCAAGUAGCUCGGCGCGUUGUGCGCACCACGAUUUGCACACAUAUGUUUAGUGUAUGCGAUAAGUGCGAUGUCAAGUGAGACAGUCUGGCAACCCUGAAAAAGCAAAAACGUAGUUUCAUUUUUUUUUCAAGCUGGCCGACAUUGACAUACGCAUACGGACAAAAUAAAUACAUAUAUACAUAUAUAUAUAUAUACAUACA